AUUCAUUCAGCUGAAGAUGUCGCCCGCGGAUAUGAACUCAUCAAAAGGACAUUUUUAUAGGGAAUUCAAUAUUCCCGGUGUCAUUGGGUGUGUGGAUGGAACACACAUAAAAGUGUCAAAACCAAGAGAUGACGAGUCUCUGUUUUUUAAUAGGAAGGGAUAUUUUAGCAUAAAUGCAAUGGUGAUUUGUAAUUACAAUAUGGAAAUAAUGGCAGUAGAUGCGAGCCACCCGGGUUCAUGUCAUGAUUCAUUUAUUUGGAAUCAGAGUUAUGCAAGGCAAUUUUAUAGCAACAAUCGCGCUCAAAAUACUUGGAUUUUGGCAGAUUCCGGCUAUGCCUUGGAAACCUUCGUAAUGACGUCAUAUAGGAACCCACAGCAUGGAUCGAUAGAACAUGCUUUUAACAAGAGNUGCGAGCCACCCGGGUUCAUGUCAUGA